GAAUUUGAAGAUGGUCACACAUUCGGCACCAAAAUUUGUGCUAAAAAGCCCCACCAAGAUGUCUCUAAAUGAACACUUUACUUACAUGCUGAAAAAGAAACAGCUGAUGCCAGUGAACAUUCCGGCUUCCAUGCAGCAACAUCAGGAGGUAGUCAGUGCCAGAAAGAGAAGACUGGCCCAGCAGAUGGAGAAUAGACCUUCCAUCUAGGAAGCAUUAAAACUUAAGCAGACUUUACAUGCAAGUCUGGACAGUGGCUGUGGAAGGAUAUAUUCCAAGCUGUUGUGGCUGGGCAUCGGCAGAGUGGUGCCAUGCCACUAAGAGCUUAAAGCAGCACCUGGGUAAGAGUAGCAUCCAGGCACCCUAUAGAGGCCCUAGCCAGGCGAGUGACAGGAUGAUGAGGCCUGCCCAUAAUCCAGAGAGGCUUGCCCAGAGGAGGACUACAUGGGGAUGUGCUACGACAACCCUGCUUAGGGGCAGGAUGUCACUCUGUGGUCAAAGUCUGCUCCUAGGUGGACGAGCCAUAGCUCCCACAUGGGCUUAAAGAAGAGGUGGUGUUCGAAGCUGUGGAUGUCCUUAGGAGAAAGGCUCAAGAAAAUGGAACUAGAGGUCAUGGCAGAAUUGAUGGUAGAUGUAGGAGUGUGACAGGUUGGGAAAGAGAGCUUUGGAGGCUGAGGCCGAGGCUGUGGACAAGGGAGAGGUGCUCUUGCUCUCACUAUACUCUUGCUCUCACUAUAACCAAGGAGCAGUUGGACAGCCAGCUGAAUGCAUAUAUGUAAAAAACAAAAGGACACUGGGGUGCUGAGUUGGUUGUCUACCUGGCACAGACAGAUGCGGAAAACAAUGAUUAAAGC